AUGGAACAACCAUGCCCAGAAAGGAUUUGGACAGAUAUAGGUGUAGCUUUUUCAAUGGGUUGUGUAUUCUCAACCAUUGGUAAUACAUUCAGUGGUGUCAGAAAUGCACCAAGAGGUGAAAGAAUCGUGAAUGCAUUCACACUGGUCAGAAAGAAUGCACCACGUCUUGGUGGUAAUUUUGCAGUUUGGGGUACACUUUUCAGUGGUUUCGACUGUACACUCGCAUAUAUUAGAAAGAAGGAGGACUACGUCAAUCCGAUUGCUGCCGGUGCUCUUACCGGUGGUGUUCUGGCGGCGCGUGCCGGUUGGAAGGCCUCUGUAGUCUCGGCGGCAUUCGGUGGUGCCUUCAUCGGUCUCUUUGAGGUAUUCCAACACGUCAUCGAGAAAUUCAACUCACAACAGAAACACGAACAGAUGCUCAUGUACGAACAACAUCAGAAACUACUCCAAGAGGAACAACAAAAACAAAAACAACAAGCUGCCGCAACAAAAUCAAAAUCUAAACGAAAAGAUGAUGAUGAAUUUAAUUGA